GACAGUGCUGGUAACCGCACGUGAGGUCUAAUGGAGAUGUGAAUACUCCAGCUAGCAAGCUAAACGAUUUUCUACGUAUUCUGUUUUUUUAAGCCUACUUUGGAGCGAUGGGAAGACUGAGAAAGAAACACAACUGGAAAGGCAGGCAGCAGAAUACACAUCCGGUGACCGCUGCCGAAAACCAACAGAGUGACGUGGUGGUGGAAUUAAGUGGCAGUGCCAUACUGAAGGGGGUGGAUGACAGUAAUGUGCUGGUGCUGCCAGCCAGCAAAGCCAAGAAGCCAAAGGUGGAGUAUUCUGCUCCUCAGAAAAAACCUCUGUCCAAGAAACAGAGAAAGAAUCUGGAGAAAGUUCUGGAGCAGAAAGAAAAAAAAGCCCACCGAGCUGGUAUCUUAAAUAAACUGGCAGAAGUUCAGCUUCCGGAAUCUGAACUGAAAUUGCUUUACACAACCUCCAAACUGGGCACUGGAGACAAGCUCUAUCAAGCUAAAGAAUCUGUCGGCGAAGGGCAGAACGACAGGCCGGCCCCUCUGAAAAUCAGCAGCCUGAGAGGAGUCAACAGCAGGAGGAAGAGGAGGCGGGAAGAUGAAGAGGGGAGCGAAAGUGGCGAAGAGGUCUCUUCCGAGGAGGGGACGAGCAGCGCGUGCGACUCGUCUUCGGAGGCGGGUGAGGCAGGGGCAGGAGACGAGGUCUCGGACGGAGUGGCAUCUGGAGAAAAGGAGAACCAGGAGGAGGAAGGGAGAGUGGACAUGAAAGAGGGAGGUGAAAAAGAAGGAGAAAGGGCUACGUGUGGGAAGGAGGCACGCCAGCCUGCUGUGUUCGUCCCCGUGGACCGGUCGCCAGAGAUCCAGGAAGCUCGGCUAAAGUUGCCCGUGCUGGCUGAGGAGCAGGUAAUCAUGGAGGCAGUGAGGGAGAACGAAUGUGUGGUGCUGUGUGGGGAGACCGGCAGUGGGAAAACGACACAGGUGCCCCAGUUCCUGUACGAGGCUGGAUACGCCAGGGCUGGGGGCAUCAUUGGUGUGACUGAACCCAGGAGAGUGGCAGCAGUUAGCAUGUCUCACCGUGUUGCCAAGGAGAUGAACCUGUCUACAGGGGUGGUGUCUUAUCAGAUAAGAUACGAAGGGAAUGUCACCAAAGACACCAAAAUCAAGUUCAUGACAGAUGGUGUUCUGCUGAAAGAAAUUCAAAAGGACUUCCUGUUGCAGAAGUACAGCGUGAUCAUCAUUGACGAGGCUCAUGAGCGCAGUGUCUACACUGAUAUUCUCAUCGGCUUGCUCUCGCGCAUUGUACCGCUCCGCAACAAGAAAGGUUUGCCUAUGAAACUGCUCAUCAUGUCAGCCACACUGCGGGUGGAGGACUUCACUGAGAACAAGAGACUCUUCCGCAUCCCUCCUCCAGUCAUUAAGGUGGAGGCUCGUCAGUUCCCAGUCACAGUGCAUUUUAACAAACGCACGCCAAUGGAGGAUUACACAGGAGAGGCUUUUCGCAAGACCUGUAAGAUUCACCGCAUGCUGCCACCAGGUGGAAUCCUGGUGUUUCUGACGGGCCAGGCAGAGGUGCACUCCACAUGCUGGAGACUGAGGAAGGCUUUCCCUUACAGACCUAACAAGCAACACACUGAUCCAGAGAUUUGGUCAGAAGAUCCGAGGAAAGCGAAGCGGAAGAAAACUGUGUCUCUUCCUCGGAUAGAUCUGGAUAACUACUCCGCCCAGCCCGUGGACGAAGGCGAUGAAGAUCGGCAGGCUGGCAUCGAUGACGACGAUGACGGCUCAGACCUGGAGUUGGGCGAUCACCCAGAGGAGACUGAGGAGAAGGCUGAUCCUUCUAUCCCUCUGUAUGUGUUACCUCUCUACUCACUCCUGUCAUCUGAGCAGCAGGCUAAAGUGUUCCGUCCACCUCCUCCAGGAGCUCGUUUGUGUGUGGUGGCUACUAAUGUGGCGGAGACGUCUCUCACCAUUCCCGGCAUUAAGUACGUGGUGGACUGUGGCCGGGUGAAGAAGAGAUUCUAUGACAAAGUGACAGGAGUCUCCUCCUUUAAGGUCACCUGGACCUCUCAGGCCUCAGCCAAUCAGAGAGCUGGGAGGGCAGGAAGAACGGAGCCAGGCCAUUGCUAUAGGAUCUACUCCUCGGCAGUGUUCAGUGACUUCAGCCCAUUCUCCGAGGCUGAGAUAACUCGUCGGCCUGUCGACGAUCUCGUCCUGCAGAUGAAAGACCUCAACAUCGACAAGGUAGUGAAUUUCCCGUUCCCUACCACCCCCUCGGCUGAAGCCCUGGUUUCUGCUGAGCAGCUGCUCAUCUCUUUGGGCGCGCUGGAGGAACCACCUCGCCAGGGACGGAUGGUGGAUAUGGAGAGGGCACGCCUCUCCUGCCCCAUAACCCCCCUGGGUCGUGCCAUGGCUGCGUUUCCUGUUGCGCCGCGCUAUGCUAAGAUGCUAGCGCUGGGCCGCCAGCAGGACUGCAUGCCGUACGUCAUCACUGUAGUGGCGACCAUGACUGUCAGAGAGAUCUUUGAGGAACUGGACAGGCCAGUGAGUAAUGAGGAGGAGCGCAGCAGGCUAGCUGAGAGGAAAGCUGGGGCAGCUCAGCGGAGGCGUCUGUGGGCGGGGCAGGGCCAGUCCCUGCUGCUGGGAGACCUCAUGGUGAUGCUGGGUGCCGUCGGGGCAUGCGAGUUUGCUGGCUGCACGCCUGAGUUCUGUGAGAAGAACAGCCUCCGUUACAAAGCCAUGCUGGAGAUACGAAGACUGCGGGGACAGCUUACUAAUGCAGUGAAUGCUGUGUGUUCUGAUGCUGGGGUGUGUGUGGAUGGCAAGAUGGUGCCCCCCACUGAGACUCAGGUGGUGUGUCUGAGGCAGAUCGUGCUUGCAGGGCUAGGAGAUCAUCUGGCCCGACGAAUUCAAGCUGAGGAACUACUGGACCCAAAAUGGAGGAAUGGCUACAAGACCCCUCUGUUGGACGAGCCCGUGUUUAUCCACCCGUCCUCUGUGCUCCACAAAACACUGCCCGACUUUGUCGUGUACCAGGAAGUCAUGGAGACCACCAAGAUGUACAUGAGAGGUGUGUGUGCAGUGCAAGCAGAUUGGAUCCCCAAGCUCCUCCCCCAGUACUGUCACUUCAGUGGACCAGAUCCAAGCCCCGCCCCCUGGUUCUGCCCGAUCAGUGGCACGGUGAAGUGUCAUCAGCAGAGCACCUUCUUCAGAGUCGGCUGGAAGCUUCCUUCCGUAGAGAUGGAUCACCCAGAAGGUCUUGAGCGAUACAAACUGUUCAGCAAGUUUCUGCUGGAGGGCCAGGUGUGUCCCAAGUUGCAGCAGCACAGUACAUGUUUACUGUCCAGCCCCUCGACCAUGCUGAAGACUUGGGCCAAACUGCAGCCCCGGACUGAGGCUCUCUUGGGAGCCCUGGUGUCUGAAAAGGUGGACAACAGAGAUGCCUUACAAGCUGCGUGGACGAAAAAUGCAAAAUUCCUCCUCUCAGCAUACUGCCAGUGGAUUCCAGAGUCUCUUCACCAAAAAGUCACUAAGAGUUGGCCUCCCGUCUGAAACACGUGCACCUCGUCUCGCCUUCGCUCCAGACGCACGCUGCUUCCUGGAAGUGUAAACAACCACACAGCCCAAAGCCUUUAAGAGCAACUUCCACUUUAGCUGUGGUGAAGACAGACUGAAGGGCUUCUUCCGCCUCCGCCAGCUUUCUACCCACAUUGUGUAUUCGCCAAAUUUACUGCAGACUACAGGAGACGGAUAAAAGCCAGGGGAGAAUGAGGAGAUCCUGGACGGAUUUAAUCUCAAAGAUACUGUAGCCACUGAAGUAGCCACUGAAGGCGUGGCCGAGUCUCAGAUUAAGAUUAAUCUGGGUCUGCUGCCCUCAGAGCCAAAGCGUGUGAAUGUCAGGGUUGCACCUCUUCCAUGAAAUCUUAUCAGGAACUUCAUUGUUUGUGAAAUGAAAAAAUAAAUACUUUGCUGCUAAAACAA